AAUCAACACUUUUUGAGUGGAUUUUGGUUUCGCUUUUAAUUCACUUUUCAUUGCAUUUAAGGUUUCAUUCAUCGAUUCAAAGAAGUGAUGGCCGAAGAAGACCACAAUUAUUACCAACAAAUGGCUAAAAAGCCAAAGAUGUCAUCAAUUGAUGAGAAGUCGGCUGCAGAGGAAUGCUAUCCGAGAGACUCAUUAGACAGAUAUGGAGACGACUUAUGCGAAGAGAUAUUGUCUUAUCUAUCACUCGCAGACUGUUUCCGAUUUGAAUGUGUGUCCAAACAGUGGCAGAGAUCUGUGUAUAAGAGACAACACAAUCUCGAUGUGAACAGAAUAUUUCAUGAUUUAAUGGUUCCCAAUGACAUGAAUUGGGAAGCAUUUAACGCACUCAUGAAGAAGUUGCCAAAUAUUAGAUCCUUUAAAAUGAGUGUCAACUCAUUGACCACCGAAAGAAUAUUACACCGAUUGACUGCCAUAACGAUACCCCACUCGCCAUCAUAUACCGAAGCCUUCAAACCGCUCAUCAAGUCGUGUACUAAACUCACACAACUGUCCACUUUCACUGAUAAUCUCUGGUAUAGAUAUUUUAAUUUGUCUGUACUUUUUGAUUCAGACAAUCAACUUCUGGCCAAAGGGUUGACUCACUUUGAGCUCAGUUACUGUUUUGCCGAAGAUUUACCACUUUUCAAGGCAUUUGUCGAUCACUACAGACAUAGUCUCAAGUCUAUUAACAUAUCGUUUACGGGCGCAGAAUAUUCGGUGAUUUUGUGUGCACUCAGAGAGCUGUCAAACCUUAAGAAUCUGCGGAAUUUGUUUGUUUUCGUGGACACAGGUAUCGGUUCUCUCAAGUCAUUCAUCGAUUGUAUGCAACGGUUGGCAACUGAAUGCAAACUAUUAAAGAGAUUUCAUUUAGUCAUGUCGUGUGUCAAUGAAGUAACGAUGUGUCAGAUAUACCACACAAUGGAUAGAUUCGCACAAUUACGAGGUCUUCGCCUGUUCUUUGAAAAUGAUGACCAAAUCAUUGGGGAUGAAGAAAGUCUUAGCGAUUCGUCCACUGGAUCUGAAUCUGAUGAUAACUCAAAGUUGUCAUCAAUUGAUGUGAAGUCCACUGAAGAGGAAUGCUAUCCGAAGGACUCGAUGGACAGAUUCGGUGAUGAUUUAUGCGAAGAGAUAUUGAGUUAUCUGUCACUCGAAGACUGCUUCCGAUUUGAAUGU